GCGCGUGUGGAAAUUCCAACAUGGCAGUGGGCGCGCGCCCUCUCCCCCGCGCUCCCGCGCACUCGGACGGGCUUCGGAGCGGCAGCGCGCUGCACUGAACACCAGCCUGAAGCUCGAGCUCCAUCCUCCUCCUCCUCCUCCUCCUCCUCUCGCGCAGCUGCACGCCUCAGCCGCCGCACGCUCUCCACAUGAACAGCGACAUGAUGAGCAGUGUAUAUGCCUCACACUCGUCCUCAGGCUGCGAGUUGACAAGGCGUGACAAUGCAGUGGACCCCUGAGCAACCACAGUGGGCGGAGCAACAUUAUGACAUCACGUCCACAACACGCUCACCGGCGCAUAAGUUUGAAGCUUUCCGGGGGCAAAGGUUAACAAGUUCGUCUUCUGCUAGGGUAUAUCAGCACUCGUGGGCGAAUGAUGACAUUUCAGCCCUGACUGCUUCCAACCUGCUGAAAAGAUACGCGGAGCGGUACUCCACUAUUUUGGACCUACCUUGUGAGAGCGGACUUAUGGCUUACCCCGAACCUGCGCUUUCUGCUAGUGUUAAUGGGCCCAAUGUCAUUAGCGGAGGCCCACCCCUCCUUAAUGGACGGAAACUGGAGAUGGAGCCCUGGCUUGAGAGCGUGUAUCCACCAUUGGGCUGCGUUCCGGAGUUGGUCCCCAAAGCACCGCUGAGCAUAUCGGACAUAUCGGCAAGUGUAUGUAGCUCCCCAGUGGAACCCAGCUUCUCCAGCGGUAGCUGCACUAGUCAAACCAGCGGCCAGGAGUUCAGCAGUGCUCUGUACACUGCCCCCUAUCUGCAGUCUGUGGGAUCUUAUAAUGGGCCUCUUCUCCACCCUGUUGCCUCUCAUCCCAACUUGGUGACAGCCUACAGUGCCAACACUUCGCCCAGCCUACCCACCUAUGGCUACCCAAACGCUGGAUACCCUUCCCAGAGCAGUCUUUCACAAGGCUACAGCCCACCAUCUCCCUCCACAGCCUGCCUCUCUACAAGCAUCGCAUCAACCACACCUCUGCCAGCGUCCAGCAUGAGUGGAUACUCUUACCCAACCCCCAGCCUUGCACCAGUGGCCUCUAGCGCUCCAGAUAAUUCACCCAGUUCCAGCAGCCUCGGCAAGGCUUAUUACCCAGCAGGACAGGGUGAUAUGAGGGCAUUUGAGGAAUUCGGCUUUGGCGGUACCUCGAAUUCAGACAAUCAGUCCACAAACAGUCCCUUGUACAGACCACCAGGAGGCAAUGAAGGGCACAAAGGAAAUGGGUUUGAGCAAUCAACCAAUGCUGCGUCGCUGCCCUUCAAACCAGCCAAUCACAGCGACUCUAUCAGAAGCCUCGAAUCUCUCACGGCAACUAUGGGUGAGCAUGGCAACGGCGCACCCGGACAGUGCUUUGCAGCCACUUCUUGCUCAGCUGCCUCAUCAAAUACAUACUCCCCUGUGUCAUCACACACACACCUCUGCCUCGACACACACACGCCCUGCUGAAUUCCCACUGCCCUCUUCGGAGAACCAGUGGAAAACGUUUGAGCUGUGUGGUCGUGUCCUGGCUGUGAGGAGGCUCACUGGUGCAUCCUGUUGAUCUCCAGUAUGGUGUUCGUGAGCUACACAAGGUUGUUCUGGCUGAACAUAGAAGUGUGCUGGUACUUUUGGGAUGGGCUGUACACUGAGACUCCACAGAAUAAGGUAGAGCUCCUGGAAUAUAGUGACAAGACUGGGAAGUGCUGACCAAGGUGCCAGUGCAUUACUCCUUCUUCUGGACAUUUACAAACUGUUGGCCGGAGCACAAAUAAAUACAAACACACAGACUUGGAGUUGCCAGUUUAAUAGGUAAACUUACAUUCUGCACUCGUUGGUCAUUUUAUUGGACUGUAGUGCAUCUGUUACUACAUUGCUAUACCAUUUAAAAGACAGAAAUUCUCAUUUUGUGCAAUCUUCUAUCAAAAUGUAAUGACUUUAGCUGCCUCUUAACAUUUACUGAAUGGUGUUGUCAAAUGGCAAUAACUUUUUCAGUUUGUUAGCCUGACUUCAGUAUGAAAGUAUUUUCUUUUACAUUGGGAAACAUUAGGCUUUUGAGUUAAACUGUAUACUUUUCAUAUACAUUUUCUGUAGUUUAUAAGUAAUUUUUGACACAUAUCACCUGGCUGUUAAAGGUCUCUAAAGGGGUGUAAUUCACUAUUUAUAUACAACAAAUUCAAAUAUAAUUAAACGUGUAGAAAGUUACUAUUCCUUCCUCCUGAAUAAACCCAGUUUAGAUACUGUGGGUUUUGUUCAAAAUGAAAGUAUAAUUGUUGCCAUAUGGCAACAGCGUACAACAACAGAACAGCAAUAUGCAAAAGCAAUGGGAGUAAAUGAACAUGCAUAGGACACAAUGAACUAUGGAAUUCUCACAGCAUUUUUUACAUUUUAAAUUCAACAUUAAUGCACAUAUGGCUGUUAGAGUCAUGCUUUUUUGUUAUUGGGUAACAAUUAUGGCUGUUUCCUAUGGCACUAUGUUGGUUUGCUUCCAUUGUUGCACGUCAUUGCUAUAUGCCACUGCAGUGUACCAAUGCAAAAUAUUUCAAUAUUUAUUUUUUCUCUUGUUUCUAUUAGUUAGGCCUAAAAACAGUGUUCAUGUGUAUCUUAUUAUUAUUGCAGUAAAGAGUUAAUCAUCUUUUGAUUUCUACUAACUCACUAUUCACAGCUCAGAGAACCUUUUUGAUAUCAUGUUUCCUUCAGAGGUCAAGGCACAGAAAAAAGUCAUGAUUUCUGAUUUAGGGUGACUGCCGAAAAGGUUUUUUUGAGCAAUUGUAUAAAGGAACCACUUUUGGUUUCCUCAUUUGAGUGGUUUCAAAUGAAUUUUUAAAGAAUCAUCCAUCCAAAAGUUCUUUCAAAGGAAACAAUAGUGGUUCUUCUACAGCAUCGAUUCAAAGAACCCUUUUUGGCACCUUUAUUUCUGAGAAUGUUCCCUUUCCAUAGAGGGAGGCUGAAAAAAUGUGCUGCAAAAGAAGAGCUAUUAUCAGUAAUAGUGUGAUCAGUGUGAACCUAAAAGAAUCUACUGUCUAAAAUGGCCAGAAAGUGUAUAAUGGCCUACCAGUGUAGGUUCCUGAUAAACUGGCAACUCAUUGUGUGACAGUGAAAGUCCUAGCUAGAGAACCUCUGAGCUCCUCAUCAAGAAAGAUAAAAGGAUGGACAGACCAGCACCCACAAAUGGUGGAAGCAUAUGGAAUAGUGUGGAAUGGAAGGCAGAUGCAAAGAGACACUGACAAAUGAAGUGAAGGAAUGUAUGGGACUGAUGGAUAUACAUUAUACUGUAGCUGCCAUAGAAGAUGAGAGGCAUGAUAGUAAAUGAUCUGAUGUUUAUCUGUUGCUGUUGUGGGGGACCCUGAACUGUGCAGUUUAGCGUUUUCCUUUUGUUAACACCAGUGGCGUAUCAUGACUAUCAGAGCUAGGACUUAAGUGUGGGCCAUGAAUGUCAAAGUUCUGUCAAAAAUGAGUUAAAAAAAAAAAAAAAAAACCUGUAAGAAAAUGCUAAUUUCUGCUAGCUUCCCUU